AUGGCUGCGGCAUCCGACACGCCGCAAAUUCUGACCCACAUUGCACACUCUGUCACGUAUACGGUGUUCGAUACCAAGUGGGUGCCGCGGUCGGCGCGGGCUGUGGGGGUGGGACAGACCGCGCGGGGGCGAGGCAUCAUCCAGGUCUACUCGCUGGGCAAGAAGGGGACGCUCCAGGUGGAGGCCGAGACCGGCAAGGCUGCAGGCUUCAAGUGCGCGACCUUUGCAGCGUCUGCGCUGGAGGACAGGUUUCUGGCUACAGGCGACUUCUCCGGCCGCCUCGCGGUGUGGGACCUCGACCACCCAGAGCUCCCUGUCUACGCUGCGAGCGCCCACGACGGCAUUGUCAACGCCAUCGAUGGUAUCGGCGGCGUGCUGGGCGCCGGUGCGCCCGAGAUUGUCACCGGCGGUCGCGACGGCGUAGCCAAGGUCUGGGACACGCGUCAGAAGAACGAGCCAGUGCUUGCCCUCAAACCAGCCGCAGGAAGCGAUACCCGCGAUUGCUGGGCCGUCGCCUUUGGCAACGCGUACUCGGACGAAGAGCGGACGGUGGUGACCGGCUACGACAACGGCGACGUCAAAAUGUUCGAUCUGCGCAUGUCCAAGCUGGUGUGGGAGACAAACGUGGCCAACGGCGUCUGCCAUCUCGCCUUUGACCGCCCAGACAUCGAGAUGAACAAGCUGUACGUCUCGACGCUCGAGUCCAAGCUCCGGGUCUACGACAUGCGCACCUUUUCGGAGGACCUGGGCUAUGCCCACGUCACCCACGCCGACUCGGACUGCACCGUCUGGCGCUCCGCCCCGCUCCCGCAGGACCGCGAUGUGUUUAUGGCCGCCUACGGCAACGGCUCGCUCUCACUCUGCAAGUACAAGUACCCAGACAAGCGGUCCGAGACCGACGCCCAGGGCAAGCCUGUUGGCGUCGCCGGCUCGGUCAUCCCGCUCGCCUCGGCCUCCAUCUCCACGCAGCCCAUCCACUGCUUCGACUGGUCCGCCGACAAGCGCGGCCUCUGCGUCUUUGGCUCGUUUGACCAGUGCAUCCGCGUCGGCAUCGUCACCCGUCUGGAAGUUGUUUAG